GUCGGUGGCCGGGGCCGCCGUGAGGAGACAGGGUCGUGUCGUCGUCGUCCGUCGGGGCCCCCCAUCAUGGCCGCCAACAGCCUGACCUACAACGACCAGCCCGGUGGCGGUGAGGCGGCCGAGUUGGGGCAGGAGGCCACCGCCGCCGCCGCCACUUCCUCCUCGGGGGCUUUCGGCCUCUUCAGCAGCGACUUGAAAAAAAACGAAGAUCUGAAGCAGAUGUUGGAAAGCAGCAAAGACUCGGCUAAACUGGAUGCUAUGAAACGAAUUGUUGGGAUGAUUGCUAAAGGAAAAAAUGCAUCGGAGCUCUUUCCCGCUGUCGUGAAGAAUGUGGCCAGUAAAAACAUUGAGAUCAAGAAAUUAGUGUAUGUUUAUCUGGUCCGCUAUGCUGAAGAACAGCAAGAUCUGGCUCUGUUGUCCAUCAGUACUUUUCAGCGUGCCUUGAAAGAUCCGAAUCAACUAAUUCGUGCAAGCGCUCUGAGAGUUCUCUCCAGCAUCAGAGUGCCAAUCAUUGUACCAAUCAUGAUGCUUGCUAUCAAAGAAGCUUCAGCUGAUUUAUCACCGUACGUUAGAAAGAAUGCUGCCCAUGCAAUCCAAAAAUUAUUCAGCCUUGAUCCAGAGCAGAAAGAAAUGUUAAUUGAAGUAAUCGAAAAGCUUCUGAAAGAUAAAAGCACGCUGGUCGCUGGAAGCGUUGUGAUGGCUUUCGAAGAAGUGUGCCCGGAUAGAAUAGAUCUGAUUCACAGGAACUACCGCAAGCUGUGUAAUUUGCUAGUUGACGUGGAAGAAUGGGGGCAGGUUGUUAUAAUCCACAUGCUGACACGCUACGCACGCACCCAGUUUGUGAGUCCUUGGAAGGAGGAUGAUGUUCUGGAAGAGAACAAUGAAAAGAAUUUCUACGAAUCUGAUGAUGAACAGCAAGAAUCCAGUCAGCAAGUAAAGAAGCCGUAUACCAUGGAUCCAGACCAUAGAUUGCUGAUUAGAAAUACAAAGCCUUUGUUACAGAGCAGGAAUGCUGCGGUGGUGAUGGGGGUUGCUCAGCUCUUUUGGCAUAUAGCACCUAAAUCUGAAGCUGGAAUUGUGUCCAAAUCUUUAGUGCGUUUGCUUCGCAGCAAUAGGGAGGUACAGUACAUUGUAUUGCAGAAUAUUGCCACUAUGUCUAUUCAAAGAAAGGGUAUGUUUGAACCUUACCUGAAGAGUUUCUAUGUUAGAUCAACAGAUCCAACUAUGAUCAAGAUACUGAAGUUGGAGAUCUUGACAAAUUUGGCAAAUGAAGCCAACAUAUCGACGCUGCUUCGAGAAUUUCAGACUUAUGUGAAGAGUCAGGACAAACAGUUCGCGGCAGCGACCAUUCAGGCCAUAGGCAGAUGUGCCACCAACAUCUCCGAAGUGACGGACACCUGCCUGAACGGCCUGGUUUGUUUGCUAUCCAACAGGGAUGAAAUAGUAGUUGCCGAAAGUGUGGUUGUCAUUAAGAAAUUGCUGCAGAUGCAGCCUGCCCAGCAUGGUGAUAUUAUUAAACAUAUGGCCAAGCUCUUGGACACCAUCACUGUUCCUGUGGCUAGAGCAAGUAUACUCUGGCUAAUUGGAGAAAACUGUGAGCGAGUCCCCAAGAUUGCCCCUGAUGUCUUGAGGAAGAUGGCUAAGAGUUUCACCGGUGAAGAUGACCUUGUGAAAUUGCAGAUUUUAAAUCUGGGAGCCAAACUGUAUUUAACCAACUCCAAACAGACAAAAUUGCUUACCCAGUACAUAUUAAAUCUCGGCAAGUAUGAUCAAAACUACGACAUCAGAGACCGUACAAGAUUUAUUAGGCAGCUUAUUGUUCCGAGUGAGAAGAGUGGCGCUUUAAGCAAAUAUGCCAAAAAAAUAUUUCUGGCACAAAAACCUGCCCCGUUGCUUGAGUCUCCUUUCAGAGCUAGGGAUCAUUUCCAGCUUGGCACCUUAUCUCACACUUUGAACACCAAAGCCACCGGGUACCUGGAGCUAUCUAGUUGGCCGGAGGUGGCACCCGACCCAUCGGUUCGAAAUGUAGAAGUAAUUGCAUCGGUGACAGAGAGGACAUCUGUAUUAGGCAGAGCAAAGAAAGAGAAACUUGAUGAAAAGUUUUAUUCCGAAUCUGAAGAGGAAGAAGAAGAGUCUAGCAGUAGCAGUGGCAGCGAGAGUGAAUCCGGCAGUGAAAGUGAAGUAAGCGGAAAGAAAGAUAGUAGCAGUGAAGAUAGUAGUGAAGACUCUUCAAGUGAGAGUGAGAGUGAAUCCGAAUCAGAAAACCAGAAGGGAACAGCAAAGAUGAAAUGUAAAUCUGCCCAGGAGAGUGCUUCUGACCCCGAUAAAAUGAAAAACAGAAAACUAGAAGAUUCUGGUUCCUCCAACUCUGACUCAAGCUCUGGAGAAGAAAGUUGUUCAGAUUCUGAAUCAGAUUCAGAAAGUGACCAUGAGUCCUGGAAGGUUAUCGCCAAGAAAGAACAGAAGAAAACAGGACAAGAAAAGAAAGCUCCUGGCCAAAGAGAAGUUUCUCUCCUAGACCUUGAUGAUUUUAACUCAGUAUCCACUCCCGUAGCAGUUCCCACACCAGCUUUGUCUCCACACUUGAUAGCUGAUCUAGCAGGUUUAAACUUGUCGGGCUCUUCACCUGUCAUCAAUGUCAGUACUCCCACCUUCGUACCAAUGAAAACGCAUGAACUACUUCACCGCAUGAGUGGAAAAGGAUUAGCUGCCCACUACCACUUCCCAAGGCAGCCUUGCAUUUAUGGUCAUCAAAUGGUCUCCGUACAAGUGACGUUAACCAACACCACUGACCAGAAGAUUGAAAAUAUCCACAUAGGAGAAAAGAAACUGCCAGCUGGCCUGCAGAUGCAUGUGUUUACUCCAAUAGAAUCUCUUGAUCCUGAGGCAUCUAUUACUGUUUCAAUGGGUAUUGACUUCUGUGAUUCCACUCAGACUGCCAGUUUUCAGUUAUGUACCAAGGAUAAUCACUUCAAUGUGAAUAUUCAGCCCCCCGUUGGAGAGCUGUUUUUACCUGUUGCCAUGUCCGAAAAGGAUUUUAGGAAGGAGCAAGGUUUGCUGACAGGAAUGAAUGAAACAUCGGCUACGAUCACUGCGGCCCCCCAGAAUUCUGCAGCCCCCGUGAUACUUCAGAAGGUGGUGAACAUAGCCAAUUUAGGCAUCGUCCCCUCUGGCCAAGACAACGUACUCAGAUUUGCAGCGAAAACUGUGCACAGUGGGUCACUGAUGCUGGUCACAGUGGAGCUGAAAGAAGGCUCCACAGCCCAGCUCAUCAUAAACACUGAGAAAACGGUGAUUGGUUCUGUUCUACUGCGGGAGCUGAAGCCUGUCCUGUCCCAGGGGGAACCUGCUUACAUCUGGACUUCAGAGUCUGGCACACAACAAAAGUGCCUGGCAUCCACUGCUGCUGCCUUUCAUUUAUAAUAAUAGCCCUUCCAUCUGGCAGUGGGGGAAGAACACACUCUUGACAUUCUUGUCUCCUGCUUUAGAAUGCUGGUGUGGAUCUCUCAUGGAUGCAGUUCUUUCCCUUUUUUUUUCAGCUUGCUAACCAAAGAACAUAUAUUUUGCUGUCAGUUCUCUAAACUCUUAAAUCCACGUCCCAUUUAUUCUGCCUUGCUCCUUCCUCCCCUCCUCCACUCUCUCCCUCAGCUAUAAUGGACAAAUAUCAAGUAAUUAAAGUUCAUUGGAAAUCGGCUUGCCUUCAGCAGGAAGCAGAAAUCGGGAAACUGAGCUCAGGGGUCUGGCCGGACACACCGUUGGGGCCAGUGGCUUCUUGUUUGGAAUAAAUGUAAAGACGGGAUGGGAUCUUCGAAGGGGUUGUCCUGUUCGGUGUCUCUUGGGUGUGGUAAUCAAUGUAUACAGAGGCCGGCAUUAUCAGAUAAUCUCUGAAUAGCAAAUAAAGUAGUGUUUAUGAACAGAA